AAAAAAUGCAGGCAAAGACGGAUUGGGAGCCGUCAACGCCGGCGGCGUACUUCGUUCAGAGCCCGUCUCACGAUGGGGAGAAAACGACUGCGUCGCUCAACUCGACCCCGAUCGUGAGCUUGAGCCCCACGGGGUCCCUGGGCCACUACUCUGGUGGCCACGGGCACUCCCCUGGGUCCUCCAUCAGCCACUGCACGGGCCCAGAAAAACUUGGGCCCGUGCAGGGGUCGAGGAAGGCCGGCAACGACGUUGUGUUGACGAAUUUGGAAUUCGAUGUGAAUAAUUUGAUGGGAGAUGAAGAAGGGUUGUGUGAGGGUGAUGAGGAGAGGUGGUUGUGUUUUCAUUUUUAUAAUAUUUUGCCAUUUUUAGUUGGGUUUUUUGUGGGUUUUUUCUUGUUUUGUUUGAUUUUGUGGGGCGUCAGUAAAUAUCAGAAGCCUGAGAUCAAAAUGCAGAGCAUAAAAUUUGAGACAUUUAUAAUUCAAGCCGGUUCCGACACAAGUGGAGUUUCAACCGACAUGAUCUCUCUCAACUCCACACUAAAAUUCAAAUACACAAACACAGCUUCUUUUUUUGGUGUUCAUGUCUCAUCCACUCCUAUUUCUCUCUCCUAUACCCAUCUCCAAAUCGCCUCUGGAGAUGUUAAAGAAUUCUACAAGAGGAGGAAGCAAGAGGAGAAUGUGAGGGUGGUGGUGGCCGGCGACAAGAUUCCGAUGUAUGGUAGCGGGGCGACCCUCGUUUCCCCCGAUGGGAUGACGGACUUGCCCGUGACGCUGAAGCUGGAUCUCAAAGUUGGAUCAAGAGCUCAUGUUAUGGGCAAGUUGGUGAACCGGAGAUUCUUGAACAAGGUUGAGUGCUUCCUCGAUUUUGCCACGACGAAAAUUGAUGUUCCGAUUUCUCUCAGGAAUUGCACGUAUCAUCGAUCAUUGUAGUAGUUUUGCGGGAAUUUUUGAAGUUGUAGUAGUCAUUUGAUACG